GUACCUCGUAUACUGUGUCGUUUCACAUGACUCUAUUUCCGAUUUCCAUUGUCCAUCCUUCUUUUGCGUCUACUUAUAGGUAUACCGCAUCGUUUCAAUUUUCUUAAAAUUUAAUAAGAUUAAUUUUUUGCAUUCUCUCUACCGUUCAAUUUUUAUUCUAUACCGAUCGAUAUCUCGAUGCUAUUUGCUUGUCGAGCAAGAUUUUAGUCUGUUCUUUUUUUUUAAACAAGUAGAUUAAGACCGCAGGUGUUCGCUGGUUUAAACGAAUCGUCCAAGACUUGACAUCUUACUGAUAACAUUAGAUAGCGACUGUACUUUUUUACUUGUGCUUAUCACGGUCAUUCAUUAAUAUCAAAAGACUGUAUAGAGUUAUUCGCUAUUAUAUUCAAUACCUAUCCAACUAUGUGGUUAGGCAGACGUGUAUAUAUGCCAAAGGUUUAGACGAGUCAACGACAAGAUAGAUAUUAAUAUAUGAUUUCCGAUUCGGUUGAUAAAGUCUGGUUUCUAAGCGAUCUUCAGGAACUUUUGUUGCGACGAGAAUCGUCCGAUCGUUCAUUUACACCGCAACUGUCGCUGGUCGCCAACGAAGAUUGCUUCGAGGAAGGAGACUCCUUUGAAUAUGUUAAACUUCGGACACUGCAAGAAUUUUUAUUGAUUAUUUAUACAUUUUUAUUAUUUAUUUAAUCGACAACUCCUAGCUAUAAAUCAGAAUGAAGUCUCUCGUUCUCCUGUGGCUGCUGUUUCUUCUGUGCGUUUCUUCGGUCUUCGCUAACUAUACCUGCAUCUGGGAUGGACAGUGCAGGAAAACUAGUACUGCUAUUUAUAAUUGUCCAUCUAAUACAUCUGCUAAGGCAAUUAACGAUGCUAAGGCCGAAGCAAUACUGUUUAAUAGAUGUCCACAUUUUUUUGAUGAAACUGACAAUCCCUUGACGUGCUGCGAUGCGGAUCAGAUCAUUUCCAUGGACAGCAGCAUGUCCAUGGCUGAGGGUAUCCUGGCUAGAUGCACGACCUGUGUGAAAAAUCUUUUUCGUUCGAUUUGUGAUAUGAGUUGUCGUGCCGAUCAAAGUAGAUUUUUGUACGCUACGGAAAUUCUUAUGGAUGAGGAUCUUGAGGUUGAAUAUAUUAAUGGCAUUCAGUUUUACAUAAACGAAGAGUACGUUAAUGCUACUUAUGACUCGUGCAAAGAAAUUGUUCAUCCAGCAAGUGGAAAUUUGGCGUUGGAUCUUGCUUGCGGAACCCACGGAGCCAGUAGAUGCACUGCAAAGUUAUGGUUUGAAUAUAUGGGAGAUGCAGCGAACAAUGAAUUUGUACCAUUCCAAAUAACCUAUGUCUACGAUGCAGAGGAUUUUGAUGGAAAUAGUAGUGAACCUUUGGAUCCACCUAUAAAACUUUGCAAUGAAGCCUACGAUAACAAUUCAGCUGCUUGCAGUUGUGUCGAUUGUUCAUUAAGCUGUCCCGUUGUUCAAUUAAAUAUUGGUCAUAAUGUAUGGACACUCUUUGGACUCAAUGGAUAUGGAAUUGUUGCUGGCGUAUUUGUUAUUAUAGUCAGUACUGGUUUUACUAUUCUGUACACUUGCAAAGGGAGGAAACAGACUGAAGUUUCCAAUAAAAAAAAAUGCAAAUCAUCCCAAUUUGGAUCACAAUUUCAUGGGUGCCUUGAAAGCUUCUUCGGACAUUGGGGAUAUGCUUUUGCAAGAUUUCCUCUUCUUGUAUUAUGGAUUUCAUCAUAUAUUAUAAUUGCAACAUGCUAUGGCGUUGUUUAUAUGACUGUGACAACGGACCCUAUAGAGAUUUGGGCUGCUCCUACCAGUCAGUCGAGGAUUGAGAAAGAUUACUUCGAUACACAUUUCACACCAUUUUACAGAACUCAACAAAUCUAUAUUAAAUCAGUUGGAUUGGAGCCGUUCACUCAUAACACCUCAAGCGGUGUUUUAGAAUUUAGUCCUGUGUUCAAUAAAGAAUUCUUGCUCGCUGUGUAUGAUCUUCAAUCUCAAAUUAUUGAGAUUGGUCAAGAUACUGGUGAGGGUUUGGAAAAUUAUUGCUAUGCACCUGUCACCAGCGAAUUUACUGGCGGUGUUACUUUGUCACUUUGCACUGUGCAAUCGAUAUGGGGAUAUUUUCAGAACAACAUACAGACAUUCAAUGCAACAUCAAUAUCAAAUGGAUAUGAAACGAAUUACUUAGAUCAUAUAUACAAGUGCCUGCAGAAUGCAUUUAAUUCUGAUUGUCUCGCGCCAUACAAAGGACCUAUAAUCCCUGAGGUGGCUGUGGGUGGUUUUCUUAAAGAUGGAGUUUACUCUUAUGACAAUACAGACUAUAUAACAUCCAUAGGACUUGCCCUAACAGUUAUACUUAGUAAUACACUUGAUGGGGACAAACUCAAGCCGGUUUUGGAAUGGGAAAAAAAAUUCCUGGACUUUAUGGAAGACUGGAAUGCUAACAGUCGACCUGACUUUAUGGAGAUUGCUUAUUCUUCAGAGAGAUCAAUUGAGGAUGAACUUGCAAGAACUUCAGAGGCUGAAGUGAUAACUGUCGUUAUUAGCUAUAUUGUCAUGUUUAUAUAUAUUGCUCUAGCUUUAGGAAAAUUCAAAGCAUCCAAGGAAACUUUUGUAGUCAGUAGAGUUCUACUUAGUAUCGGAGGAAUCAUUGUGGUGUUAGCAUCUGUUGCUUGCUCUCUUGGAAUAUUUGGUUACAUAGGAGUACCGACAACUUUAUUGACAAUCGAGGUCAUUCCCUUCUUUGUUUUGGCUGUCGGAGUGGACAAUAUUUUUAUUAUGGUUCAAACUCUUCAAAGAACUCCUCGUAAGCUUGAUGAAACAACUCCUGAACAUAUUGGUAGAACUUUGGCUCUUGUAGGACCCUCUAUAUUAUUGUCCAGUGCAUCGGAGUGCACCUGCUUCUUAAUUGGUGCUUUAUCAUCUAUGCCAGCGGUUAACACUUUUGCACUAUACGCAUCCGUAGCGAUUCUCAUAAAUUUCCUUCUUCAGAUUACAGUUUUUAUCGCUUUAUUGGCUCUGGAUACUGAUCGAUUGACGGAUAACAGGCUUGACGUGCUUUUCUGCUUCUCUCUAGACAAGAAGCACAAAACAGAAGUAGGCAAGGGUAUUGUACAGAUAUGUUUUGAAAAGUUCUAUACGCCUUUACUGAUGACAAAGCCAAUCAGGGUUGGAGUACUUGUAAUUUUUUUUGCUGCUCUCACGACUCAUGCCGUCGUAGCACCAAGUAUGGAAAUUGGUUUGGAUCAGAAACUUUCAAUGCCUGAGGAUUCCUACGUGCUAAAAUACUUCAAAUAUAUGGAAGAACUGUUGUCGACUGGACCCCCUGUAUAUUUUGUGGUCACCGAAGGACUAAAUUAUAGUAAGACAGAAGCACAGAAUCUUAUAUGUGGUGGGCAGGAAUGUAACGUGGAUUCACUGUAUACACAAAUUUACUCAGCAGCUAAUCAACCUGCCAUAUCAUAUUUAUCCAAGGCAGCUUCUUCUUGGAUAGAUGAUUACCUCGACUGGUCCACCAUUAGUGGAUGCUGUAAAUACUUUCCUGAUAAUAGUUCUUUCUGUCCGCAUAACAUUGCUACUUGUGAGAAUUGUAACAUUACUACUAACAGUUUGGGUACAAGACCAAAUGCAUUAAACUUCCGCACGUACAUUCCAUAUUUCGUGGGGGAUAUACCUGAUGAGGAUUGUGCCAAAUCUGGACGCGCUUCUUAUCUGGAUGGACUGAAUUACUACUACGAUCAGCAUGGUCUAGUAGAUGUGGCUGACAGUUACUUCAUGGGCUAUCAUAGACCUUUGAAAACUUCUUCUGAUUGGUACGAGGCAAUCAGAGCAGCCAGAGUAGUUGCUGCCAAUAUUACCAAUAUGAUUAAUAGUGCAGGAUUAUCAGAUAACACAGUACAAGUAUUCCCAUACAGUGUAUUCUAUGUCUUCUACGAGCAAUAUUUGACAAUAUGGUCAGAGACUCUAUUCUCUCUGUCGAUGACAGUCAUUGUCAUUUUCAUAAUAACUUUUAUAUUGAGUGGAUUCUCAAUCUUUUCUGCUUUGAUUGUCACCCUGGGUGUUAUCCUGAUAAUCGUCAACUUGGGUGGAUUAAUGUACUGGUGGGGUAUCAGCUUGAAUGCUGUGUCUCUUGUAAAUAGCGUUGUGGCGGCUGGUAUUGCUGUAGAAUUCUGCAGUCACAUAAUUCAUUCUUACUUGACGUCAACUGGGCAAACGAGAAUAGAAAAGACUGUGGAAACACUGAAUACAAUGGGUAGCUCAGUAUUCUCUGGUAUCACGUUAACUAAAUUUGCUGGUAUAGUCGUCCUUGCGUUUGCAAAAUCGCAAAUCUUCCAAGUAUUCUACUUCAGGAUGUAUCUCGGAAUAGUUUUGAUAGGCGCUGCUCACGGUUUAAUAUUCAUUCCAGUCUUACUGACGUUUAUUGGACCUGAGAAUACUAUCAAAGAGCCAUCGCCACUACCACAGGACACCGAAGCAGCUGCUGUUUCAAGUGAAAAUAAUAUAAAUAAUGGACAUGUCAAAUAAAUUCUUAUACAGUAAGACUUCUCAACAACGUAACGCUUGGAAGCAGUUAUUUCUCAAUAGCUAACACCCCGCGUUUUCAAGUUACGCUUGCGAAAAAAAACUCUCCUGUGAGCGAAUAAGCGAGAUUAGAGAAAGUGGGGAUAGAUCAUUAUACUAUUGUGAAAUUUUACGGAGGUGGAAACUUACGCUAUUGAGAAGUUUUACUGUAGUAGAAUAUUGUAAUCGGAUCUAAAGAAAUAGGAGUAAUUACAUAAUAAAGUAAACAUUUGUGUUUUGUAUAAAAUUCUA